UCUCCCACUCCAAGGCCACCUUUCCACACUAAUUCCCUCUUCUUCACUCGCUUCUUAAUUUCCUGCUUCUCGCAUGCAUACUUCCGAGCAACGUUAGAAGAAUUAAUUAAUGGAUCCAGUUCAAGGGCCUCAUCGUUCCGCACUGCCACUGCUGCCUUCCUCUUCCUCCACCUUCCCCUUCUUAGCCAUCACUGCCUUGGGCAUCCUCUUGAUCAGCGCCGUUCUCCUCCUCUCCUACUACGUCUUCGUCGUCGAGUGCUGCCUUGACUUGCCGUCGUCCCACCGUCGCGGUGGCCGCCGCAUCCCUCCGGAGGCCUGCGGCCUUGAGCCGGCGAUCAUUCGCUCCAUCCCUGUCGUCAAGUUUGUGAAUUCCGGCCAAUUAGAGCACUGCGCCGUGUGCUUGAGCGAGUUCCGAGAGGAGGAGCGGAUCAAGGUCCUCCCUCGCUGCUCGCAUCACUUCCACAUCGAUUGCAUCGACACUUGGCUUCAGUUCAAUCCCAAGUGCCCGUUGUGCAGGUCGGAGGUCUCGUCCAUCUUCCCGACUGACCACAUCGUGGUUCUUGCUCCUCGCCGAGACGGGCGAGACCAGGGCGAGGUGACAGAAACAGGUCCGGUGAGGACGAAGGGGAGGAGGCUUGACGGGACGGGGAGCGCGGGGGACGAUUGCAUUGAUGUGAGAGUUGGUGUGGUGGAGUAGUUUCAUGUUCAGCAGCCAGCGAACACCGUUCCCUGUCUUUGUUUGCAUUUUAUUUCAUUGUAUUCUACUAUAUUUGAACAUUCUUUCAGAUAAAUUUGG